AUGGAAGAAUAAGAAGAAUGUAUUGAUUGUAAAAUUAUAAUUGCCAAAAAAGGUAAAUCUGAACCAUUUAUCAAUAGAAUUGUAUUGUGAGAAAUGCCUGCAAUAACAGAUGAAAAAAGAGGAGGAAGAAGUUAAACAAUUAGAAAAUGAAAUCAAUGAAUUGUAGAUACAAUUAAAAUAAGUCAGAGAUGAAAUGUAUAAAAUGGAAUCUAAUUCAAUUGAAAAGAAGAAUGACAAAAUAGAACUGGAUGUAAAUACCAUCAUUAAUAAACAUAGAAAAAAAACUUAGAUAAAGAAAUUUAAUAAUUAGAAUAGGAUGAAUAGAAAUAGAAGAUGGAAUUGAUUAAACUAAAAAAUUCGAUUCUUGAGCAAGAGCACAAUGAAGACAAUUUAUGGGAACACAUCAAUAAAUUCACAAGAAAACUAUAUUCCUUAUUUGAAUCUAAUUAAAUUGCUGAUAAUAAAUUAUCUCAACUCAACAACGAAUUAGAUCGAUUAAGCAAAGUAUAUUAAAAUAAUAACAUCCAAUUAGUUAGAUGUAUUAAACGAUUUGUUUAAAAUAUCCGUCUAAGAUGAAGUAGCAACCAUUAAUGGAUUGUAAAUUGGUAAGAAGGGUGAAUAGCCUGUUGAUUGGGAUGAUAUCUCAGCUGGAGUUGGUCAUCUUACCUUGUUACUAGUUUACUUGAUGAAGAAGUUUAUGUACACCUAUUAAAAGUAUUGAUCAUAAAUUAUAAGUUUAUAGAAUAGAAUCGAUAGAACUCAAUGGGUCAUUCUCAAAAAUCAAAAUCAAAGAUGAAUAUUAAAAUACUCUAUGUACAAAAACGUUAAAUCUAUAUUUGAAUAAUAAAACUUCGUAAAAAGAUGAAGAAGAAUUUAGUGAUGCCUUUCUAUAGUUGUAUCUAGAAUUUUAAUAGUUUUGUAAAUAUUUGUAAGAUGGGGACAUAUUGAAAAAACGAAAAAUUAAUCUAAAUUUACCCUUUAACAUGAGCGGCAUGUCUGUAGACAAUAAAAUACUUAGUUUGAAAUAACCAGCAGCUUAGAAAUGGCAAGAAUGGACUAAUUCUGUUAAGAAGUUUUUAGCAAAUGUCAAAGCUCUCAUUGUUGCUAAUGCAUAAUUUGAUUUAUCUUUAUGAAAUAUGG